UGGGUUGUGUUGGAAACAGCAUCGGAGCUUGCAAGCAGCACGAUUCUGGAUGCCUGAGCCAUGCUCGGCUAUGGUGAUUGGACGUCAACCUUGCAGGCCCGCACAGGGCUCGCAAAGAAGAAUCCGCCGCGGCGAAUACGCGGCGCGCGGGCGGCAGGCAAGAGCGAGCUGCUCAAGCAACUGCAGGCCCGCACUGCGCCGGACACAGUGAAGCAGUUGCGGGAGAAGGGCCACCUAAAGAGUCCACAGGACUUUACUGCGCUGAUCACGGCUUUGGGCAAUGUCUUCGAAUGGAGGCAUGCGCUAGCAGCCUUCGAGGAGAUGCGCGACAGAGGUUUGCAGCCUGGUGUCUUCGGCUACGGCUCGCUUUCGCGAGCCUUCGGGCGGCGACGCCAGUGGGAGCGUGCACUGCAGCUCCUUGAGGAGUCCAAAGACGAAAUCACUGCGGAUGCUGCCCUCUACAGCAGUGUGAUGAAAGCCUGCGAAGAAGACUCCGACAGGGUUCUGUCGCUCUUCAAGGAGAUGCAGCAAGGUAUCGAGCCGGACAUGCAGAGCUUCGGCAUUGCCAUUAGCUCCUGCUGCCAGCAGCAGAACUGGCAGCAGGCCUUAGGCUUGCUGCUGCAAGCGCGCGACCGUGGCUUGCAGCCCAACGCCAUUACGGUAUCCUCCGUGAUGAAGUCGCUGACGCCGGAGCACUGGGCGCGUGCCUUGCUGCUCUGGCAAGACUUCGGGGAGGCUGAGCUGCAGAAGGAUGCGAUUAGCUUCACCACAGCGAUCCAAGCCUGCGCUAGCGCCAAGCUCUGGCGCUUCGCCGUGAACUUGUUGGAAGAGAUGCACCGAGAGGACUUGAAUCCUGGUGCCAUCCCGACGAGUGUGGCUAUCUCGGCGUGUGGCCAGGUGAACGAGUGGGAGGUGGCGCUGGAGCUGUUCCGAAGCGUGAGGGAGUCCAGAGAAGCUCUGGAUGCCGUGCUCUACAACUCGGCGGUCCAGUCCUGUGGGGAAGGUGGCAAGUGGCAGGCCGCUGUGCGUCUCUUUGAGGAGAUGAAGGAGGCGUCGCUGGUCUCCGAGAAGGGCUUCAGCGCACUGAUCACAGCUUUGGGGAAGAGCAAGAAGUGGCAGAAAGCGCUGGGGGCUCUGGAGUCGAUGGAGCCGAAGAACGUGAUAGGCUUCGGCUCUGCGGCCUUUGCCAUGUCCAUGGCCAAGAAGUGGCCCCACGCUUUGGCCUUGCUUCAGGGGCUGCUGGCAACAGACCUCCAGCCGGAUACCAUCUUCUACAACUCCGCGAUCAGCGCAGCAGAGCGCAGCGGCAAAUGGAAGGUGGCUGUAGCCUUGCUGGAGGACAUGAAGGCGCGAGAGGCUGCCCCAGAUGUGGAAACCUACGCGGCCAUCAUCCAAGCCUGCGUCUCCAAGAAGAAGUGGCAGAUUGGGCUGCUCCUCAUGGACGACAUGCUAGUAGAGCAGCUGGAGCCAGACACGCAGACCUUGGGCUUGCUGCUCAGCGAGUGUGAGCAGCAUGGCGCCAGCGAGUCUGGGAUCCUGAAGGGGCUCGCGGACGGCAAGUCAGGCGCGAGGAGCCGAAAGCAGCCGGUGCCGGAGGCGGAGGAUCUGGAUGAAGAGGAGGUGUACGAGGAAGAGGAGCCUCGGGCGACCGCGGCAGGUUUCAAGCCUAUCCCCAUGACUUCCUCGAUGAACGCGCGGAGGGUGAAAGGACGUGCAGUGCCGGGGCAUACGCCGGGCCAGCUGAAGCCGCUGGGGGACGACUUCCGGCCGCCGGCGCCCAGGCGCCCGCGGUCUGGCAUCCGGGUCCGCGCGGGCCAGCCCUAUGCGAAGGAGCUGCGGUUACUGCAGCGCGUAGUGGAGGAGGUGCCGCCGGGCGACCCCGUGGCAAUCUGCGAGGCCAUCGAGAGCUUUGGGGAUGAGGUCCUGGUGCGGGGCAAGGCCAAGCUCUGGCUCAAGAUUGCCGGCGGCAUCAAGACGGAAGUCCUGACGCGGGCGGUGAGGGGCGGCCCGUUGACCUGCGGGGACUUGCAGUGCAGCGUCCUGGAAGUUGGCGCCUACUGUGGGUAUUCGUCCACGCGCAUGGCUCUGGCGCUGCCGGGCGUCCACAUCGCCUCCCUGGAGGUUGAUCCGGUGCAUGUGGUCAUCGCCCGCAACGUCGUGCUACACGGGGGCCUUUCUGGUACCAUCGACGUAUGGACGGGCCACAGCAAGGACCUCCUGCCGAGGAUCAUGCACCGCUACGGUGGGGAUCUGAAGUUCGGCGCGGUCUUCAUGGACCAGAAGGGUACCCGCUACAGCGAGGACAUGAUGAAGAUGGAGUCGGAAGGUUUGCUGCACCCGGGGGCGGUGGUGGUGGCGGACAACGUUCUGAAGCCCGGGGCGCCGCUGUUUCUCUAUCAGAUCAUGAAUGGGGGGAGAUAUCACGCCCAGAUUGCUUCCAUGGACGAGUUUGCCAUGCCCUCGGAAGACUGGAUGUCUAUCAACGUCCAGCGGCGAGAGGCGCCAGACAACGAGACGGACGCGCCGGAGGAUCUGUAUCAGCUGGCCAAAGAGACGGACCGCAUGCGGGAGCGGGCGGUGGGUCCUGGCCGGAGUGUCACCUACGAGGAGUGGGGGGAGUUUGCCCAGGAGGUGAAGAACCGCCUGGCGGCGGCCAAUGUCACGUUGACUCUGGACUUGCGUCCGGAGAGCAGCCGCCAGCGAGACGAUCUCUUCGGCGCCAAGUCGCGGUGAGG